AACAAAAUACGACGUGUACAAAAAUUGGUAGACACUGGAACUGCUGUGUAUACUUGAUACCAACCUCUCGUUUUUACCAUCGCACCGCCCGCCACCGGAGUAGAGUUCAUCCAUACUACCUGGAGCCACUGCGGUCAUCCACAGUGCGUUUCCAGAGAUCUUUUUUGCCACGUACCAUCCGGCUAUGGAAUGAGCUCCCCUCCACGGUGUUUCCCGAGCGCUAUGACAUGUCCUUCUUCAAACGAGGCUUGUGGAGAGUAUUAAGCGGUAGGCAGCAGCUUGGCUCUGCCCUUGGCUUUGCUGAAGUCCAUGGGCGACGGUAACCACUCACCAUCAGGUGGGCCGUAUGCUCGUCUGCCUACAAAGGCAAUAAAAAAAAAUAAAAAAAACUUGACGUCAUACCCACUACACUGCGAACACUUUUAAUGGUAUUAAAACUUAAUUGAAUUUAAGUUUAAUUACUAUUUAAAAUAGGCGGAAAAUUGAAUACUAUACAAGUAUGUUACGCAGGAUAAUCAUAUUCGUAUUUGUGGUGACGGUAUCGUGUAGCUACGUCAACAAGUUACAGAAGGAGCCGUAUAAGUUUCAGUUUUAUCCCAAGAAGACAGUCUUCGAGAAGUCUGAUUUGAUCGAUAAGGGCUGCGCGAUUUUUAUAACUCAAUGUCCUAAUAAUUACAAGCAAACCCUCAUAUGCGCCCGCCAUUACGACGGUCAAUAUAAGACCUUCAAUAAUUAUUGCGAGAUGGAGUUCGAGAAUUGCAAUAGCUGGAGAAAAUGGAGUAUGGUCAAGAGGAAUCCGUGCUAAUAUUAAAAAUAUCUUAAAUUAAACCUUAAGUUUUUUUUUAUUAAA